UUUUUUUUUUUUUUUUAAAUACAGUAAAACCAACAAGACAUGAAAUGAUUGUGGCCACACCCAGGAAUUAGUGGUAUAAGCUUGAAUUUUCCCCACGCUGUUCCUCAGAAAGCUAGAAACAAAUAGCAGCUCUCUGUCAAUAGCCCGGCCACUGAAAACAGCACAUUCAUGGAAAUCCACACCAUAAAUACACAGCUCCAAAAGCGUUAAUACCAAAAGCUUCUGCUCCAGCACCUCAGCUUAUCUCAGCCCCGCCAGCGGCGGAGCCGGGACACAGAUUGCAGACGCAGCGUUAGCAUGGCUUGGAGCUGCAACAGGAAAGUUCAGCUGAGUGGCAUGUUUCUCUCGCUCUUCGGGUGGGUCUCGUCCUGUGUCACCACGUACGCGCCGCUCUGGAAGAACCUCAACUUGGACUUAAACGAACUGGAGAUCUGGAACAUGGGGCUCUGGCAGGUCUGCAUCAUCCAAGAGGAAGGCGCCAUGGAGUGCAAAGCCUACGACUCUUUCCUGGCGCUGCCGCUGGACCUCAGGGUAUCCCGCAUCCUGAUGUGCCUCUCCAAUGGGCUGGGGCUCCUGGGGUUCGUGCUCUCCAGUUUCGGGCUGGACUGCUGGAAGCCCUGGGAAGACAAGCCGGAGCUAAGGAAACGCCUGGUGUGUUUCGGAGGGGCCAUUUUUGGCAUGUCCGGCAUCGUGACCCUCACCCCCGUUUCCUGGGUUGCCUAUAACACGGUGCUCGAGUUCUGGGACGAGACCAUCCCGGAAAUCGUCCCGCGGUGGGAAUUUGGGGAGGCGAUGUUCCUGGGCUGGUUUGCUGGAUUUUUCCUCGUGGUGGGGGGGCUGCUCCUUCUCUGCUCCCCCUGCGCGGGAAGGACUGAGAUGCCGGCAAACCCGUUAGCAGCUCGUCACGAAGCGGCCAGGAUCCAGCGCCCGGCCAGGAUGCCACAUUGGAGCCACCCCUCACAUCCCAAAAACGCCGACCUGGUAAUCUAGGACUCCCAGCAGAGAGUUGUGUACAGGUACUGGCCCUCGCGAUCCCAGAGCCAGUUCCCAUAAUGUUUUACAGGAUGAUUUGCUUAUGCAUAAGACAGUGUCGCAAAUCUUCUUUCCUUCCUCUGUGUGUUUAACUUUUACGAGAGUAACAGCUUUUUUCUGCCACACUUGCAAACUGAGCCUAGCAUUAUAAAGCCACCCAGGGGGGACCCAGAGCAGUAAACAGCACUUCAUAUGCCUAUCCCCAUGUACCCUAUAGCCUGUCACUGAUUACACUGAAAAUUUCCGAUGGUUGCGAAUGUAUUGAUUGUAAAGACUGUGCACAAUUUUGAAAGUUCCCUCUUUCACUGUCCGUUGCAUAGCGAUGUAUUCCAAAUAAAUUAUUCAAGUAAAGA